AUGCCGUCCACACCUAGUACGGUAGUACCGGAGACUCGAGUCAUCUCCCCGUCGCCCUCUGUUUCCGAUAAAUCAGAAGCACGUGAUGGGUAUUUUGCGCCGGUAACGCGAUCUGCAUCGCGCCGACAACAGGAUGGAUCUGGCUCAAGGCGAACACGAAGCCCAUCUGAAGACACACCCUCGAGGACUUCAACGCGCCAACGUCGACCACCUCGGCGGUCCAACCCGAAAAUCCCAGCAUCACCACCAGCGGCCAAUGGUAGCACCUCCAACGGUUUCCUAUCACCCACAUCGAAGGUCUCAGGCGCACCACACGACCUUUCGAGAUCACCAUCACCGCUUGGCCUGAUUCCUCUACACUCUCGAUACCGCAGUUUUAUUCACCGCCAUGAAAUCCCGCGGAAGUUCCUCCACGUGUCAAUUGGGUUCCUGACUCUUCACCUCUACAGCCGAGGUAUCCAGACACUUGAGAUAACACCAGUGCUCUUGUCUGCCCUGGUCCCCAUUGCAGUGACAGACUUUGUACGACAUCGGUCGGAGAAGGUCAAUAAGCUUUACAUUCGUUGCGUUGGUGCGCUCAUGCGUGAGACCGAGGUCUCGGGAUAUAACGGUGUGAUCUGGUACUUGCUCGGCGCAUACAUCGUCCUCCGUUUCUUCCCCAAAGACGUUGGCGUUAUGGGUGUACUCCUCCUCAGCUGGUGUGAUACUGCAGCAUCCACCUUUGGUCGUAUGUACGGUCGCUAUACUCCUCAUCUCCGACAAGGGAAGAGCUUGGCUGGCACCGCAGCCGCCUGGCUCGUUGGUGUUGUCACCGCCGCUGCUUUCUGGGGUUGGUUUGUGCCUUACAUGGGUGCAUUUCCCAACGAUCCGGAGGGUUCUUUCAUGUUUACCGGCCGCCUGAACCUACUCCCAGAUUGUGUUCGGGGCCUGAUGGGCUGGGAUGCUGUUGAGACUUCGUCCACCACCAUAACCGGCCCGUUGGCUUUGGGUGUGAUGAGCAUUGUCUCUGGCUUCAUCGCGGCCGGUAGUGAGUUUAUCGAUCUAUGGAGUUGGGAUGACAACUUCACCAUCCCAGUGCUGAGUGGACUUGGGCUCUGGGGAUUUCUCAAGGUCUUUGGCUAG